CGCGACUCUCCCUAGACUGCCGUGGUAUCCAUAGACGUCUGGUCUCUAUUCUCUCUCUCUACCUCUCGCUCGUUUGCUAGGACAAACAUGUCGACAAAAGCCACGUCCGCACGGACGACCGUCGAGCAAAAGCCUGUGGUCAUCCCCGACUUCUCCGUCAAGGACUUGCUCUCGGUCAUCCCUGCGCAUUGCAAUGAACGGUCGACUUUCCGGUCCAUGUCCUACGUCGUUAUGGACUUCGCCAUCAUCGGCGCCGUGUACAAGGGCACCUACUUCCUCGACGCGCUCCUCCGUCCCGAGCACAUCGCCCUGCCCUAUGCGAUCCUCUACCCGGCUGCGCGCUUCGCCCUCUGGUCGUUGUACACCUUCAUCGUCGGUCUGUUCUGCACCGGCCUCUGGGUUCUCGCCCACGAGUGUGGCCAUGGCGCAUUCUCGGACUCGAAGGCCAUCAACAACGCAGUCGGUUGGGUUCUGCACUCUGGACUUGGCAUGCCCUAUCAUGCAUGGCGUAUCAGUCACGGCAAGCACCAUGCGUCUACCGGACACAUGACGCAAGACCAGGUCUAUGUCCCGCGCACCCGCUCCGAACUUGGCCUGCCUGCGUUCGACCCUACCAAGGAGGACCUUGCCGGGUCCAGUGUCGCCGAGGAGGUCAAGAAGGAACUCUGGGAGGCUCUUGGCGACACCCCUCUCGGCAUCAUGUACUUCUUCUUCCGUUUCCUGAUUGCUGGCUUCCCCGCGUACCUGUUGGCGAACGCAGCUGGACAGCGUCGGUACCCGAAGGGCACGAACCAUUUCAACCCCUCAUCGAUCAUCUUCCGCCCUGAUCAGCGCGGCCAGAUCAUCAUCUCGAACGUCGGAAUUAUGCUCUGGGCUGCCGCCAUCAUCAUCUCCGCGGCUCAGUUCGGUGUCCUCGAGGUCUUCCGUGUCUACUUCAUGCCGUUCCUCUGGACAAACCACUGGAUCAUCCUGAUCACGUUCCUCCAGCACACCGACCCCCUCCUGCCCCACUACCACGCCGCCGAGUUCACCUUCCCCCGCGGCGCGCUCUCGACCAUGGACCGCAACCUGCUCGGGGACCUCGGCAGCGUGAUGGGCUGGCUCGGCGCAUUCGCGACGCACGGCAUCUCGGAGACGCAUGUCGCGCACCACCUGUCCUCGAAGAUCCCGCACUACCACGCGUGGGAGGCGACGGACGCGCUGCGCGCGCUGCUCGGCAAGAACGGGAUUCACCUGCAGGGCCGGCCUGGGGGGUGGGCGGAGAUGUACCGCGUCUUCAAGGAGUGCAAGUUCGUCGAGGACGAGGGCGACAUUUUGUUCUACAAGAACGCACACGGGCUCGCGGCGUCGCGCCCGGUGUUCGCGGACGCGGCGGGCAGCGACUCGGGCAUCGAGAUCGUGGACAAGGACGAGUAGAGUCGAACAGUACAGACUACUAGGAGACUAGAGCUAGAGACUAGAGACCAGAGGUCCACCACGUGUGGUUACGUUACAGCACGGGAACGUGCGCGGGUUGUUUCCGCCCUAAUCGUGAAGAGUACCGUAUACAGGAAUAAUCGUAUACCUCGCAUAUCCAC